AUGAUGCAACCAGUUGAAGCGCUAGGACCAGUUGUUGUCUCUAAACCCCUCAUAGUGACUACUGUGGGAAUAAUCUUGCUUCUAUUAGGGCGAAAACUCCACUGGACUCACAAGCAGCGACAGCUGGAACGACUCUAUGGCUGCGAAAGACUACGCAGUGAAAAUGGGCGUUUUCAAUACGAUAUUCUUGGCAUCGCCAAAGCUCUCGAAUUAGCAUUUCAUUUCAAGUGUCGAACCUCCCUUCCGUAUACUAAUACACUGUUCAAACGAUACGGGGAAACCUAUGCAUCCAAUGUCCUCGGCUUUCGACUCAUCUUUACCUGCAGCGCAGACAACAUCAAACAUCUAUUGUCCACAGCGUUUCCCGAUUUUGACAGCUCCCCACUGCGAAAGCCCUUAUUUGAGCCUAUCACCCCACAUGGCAUCUUCACUCUCGACGGUGCGGGAUGGAAGCAGAGCCGAGAUCAGUUACGCGGUCGGCUUUGUAACCUCCGCAAGAUCGUCGACUUGAAUCAGUGCGAGCGCCACUUUCAGGCCUUUCUUCAGCAUGUCCCACCCAAUGGACAGGCGUUCGACGCUCAAGCCUGUGUCUUUGCUCUCGCCUUGAAUAUGCAAACCUUGUUCUCGCUGGGCGAGUCGGUUGAUGCCCUCAGCCAUUUUCAAUCCAAGGAAAAGAAGCAGUUCUUGGAUGAUCUGCUUUUUGUCAAGGAGAAAAUUGUGCAGGAUGGUUUUCGCGGCCCGCUCCGGUAUCUCUAUCCUAAGCGCCGCUUUCUCCAGUGUUGUCAGAGGGCACGAAAAUAUGUGAUGGCUCAUGUCGCUCGGCAGCUUGAAGAACAACAUACCAUGAAUGAAAAGCCAGAAAGAGAGCCCCGCAAGCGUAACUGCAACGGCGAGGAAGGGGAGGUCCCUCUGUUAGCAGACCAGGCGCUGAGCAUUCUCCUCGCAAAUGACAGCAUGAGCACGACCCUCUCGGGUCUUUUCUUCUGCCUUGCCAGGGACGAGCGAGUCGUCCACACGCUAAGAGCAAGCAUCCUUGACACCGUGGGGUUAACGCCUCCAACGUGGGGCCAGCUCGGAUCUCUGUACUACGUCCGUUGGGUUCUCCAGGAAGUAAUGAGGCUCUUUCCUGCAGUUGUUUUCAACGCCAGGGUAGCAAACAAGGAUUCUACGCUGCCAACCGGUGGUGGAACUCACGGCAACUGCCCGGUGCUGCUUCGGAAGGGUGAAAUCGUGGUGUUUUCUACCUGGGCUCGACAUCGCCUGGGGAAGGACUUUGGCGAGAAUCCAGAGGAAUUCUACCCAGAACGAUGGGAACACCUUAGUGCAGAUAUGAUUGGCUUUAUCCCUUUCAACAAGGGGCCUCGAGCUUGCCCUGGUCAGCAUUAUGCUAUGGUUGUGCUCACGUACAUUGUGACUCGGAUAUUUCAGACGUUUUCAAUAGUCCACGAUUAUAAUUCACAAGAAUGGACAGAGAGGAUCAGCAUGACGCUUGAGAACGAGAAUGGGGUCCUGAUUGGUCUGAGCUAA